UUGCUCGUAAAGAUGAUACCUUGAAUAUUUUAGAAGUUGAAUAGCUCUGCCACAUCUUUUUUUCUUCUCCCAACUGGUAGAUUGAUCCAUUUGGAGGGACACAAUGGGACUGUGGUCAUUUUGGAGUUUUUCUCUUUUGGCUCUGGUAUUGCUGCACCCCUUUCAACCUAAGUUUGGGGCUCAAGCGGAAAUAAGUUCUCCCAGAGCAAAUGACAGAUUUUAUCGCCUGGAGGUAACGCCGCUGGAAACACAUGUAAUCCGAAAACCAGAAGUCUCUCUCAAAGUCGACGAUAGCAUAAAAGUUUUAAGUGAUUUUGAAACGGGAGCAGUCGCUGAUGUGAAACCGAACAAUGGCAAGCAAGUGGGAAAUGAAACACAGAGUGGACUUGGCAAUGAGGCACCGAACGGCGUCAAAACGGCACCAAACUAUCGCAACCGUCUCAAAAUACCUAGUAAAAAGUAUGGUGACAUCCCCGGGGACAACGAAAUGCCACCUACAGAGAAUAUAAUGUUAGAAAACACAUUUCCUGACACCAGAAAGAGGGCAAAGAGGAGCGUGGGUACAAGACACACCGAAAAUGUGGAUAGGAGUAUAAGUGGAGAAGCGCAGUCAAGAGAGCGGUUUGUGGAGACUGUCCAAGGUGUUUCCAACUCCAGAGCCGAGUACCGGCGAGCUGGGGAGGAAGCCAGAGGGUCUAACCCGAGGCAAAGUGAGCCGCACCUGGACACAUCCACUUUUGCUCUGUCUGGAGACUCUGCACACAACCAGGCGAUGGUCCACUGGUCGGGACACAACAGCAGCGUGAUCCUGAUCUUGACAAAGCUGUAUGACUUCAACCUGGGAGCUGUUACUGAGAGCUCACUCUGGAGAUCCAGUGAUUAUGGAAGCACCUACACCAAACUCAAUGACAAAGUGGGCUCAAGGACAGUUUUAAGUUACCUGUACGUCUGCCCGACUAACAAACAGAAGAUAAUGAUGCUUAGCGACCCAGAGGUAGAGAGCGCUGUUCUCAUCAGUUCAGAUGAAGGGGCAAGCUUUGAGAAGCAUCCCAUUAACUUCAACAUCCUGAGCUUGCUCUUCCACCCUGCCCAGGAGAACUGGAUACUGGCUUACAGUCAUGACAGCAAGCUGUACAGUUCAAUGGACUUUGGGAGGAAAUGGCAGCUUGUUCACGACAACGUGAUGCCAGGCCGAUUCUACUGGGCGGUAAUGGGGCUGGACAGAGAAUCAGACGUGGUCCACAUCGAGACGCGCAUCGCAAAAGGCCGCGCCCAGUACGUAAAGUGCAGAGCCCAACGAUGCACAGAAGGCAACAGACAGUACCUCUUUCCUGGUCAUGUAGACACCAACUCACUGGUUGUGCAGGAUGAAUAUGUUUUCACACAGGUAACCAAGUCAGGACGAGCAAGCUACUUUGUCUCCUACAUGAGAGAAUCCUUCAAGCGGAUGAAAUUACCUAAAUAUUGCCUACCAAAGGACAUGCAUAUUAUCAGUACAGAUGAGAAGCAGGUAUUUGCUGCAGUCCAGGAGUGGAAUCAGAACAACACUUACAGCCUUUAUAUCUCAGACUCCCCUGGGGUCUACUUCACCCUUUCAUUAGAGAAUCUGAGAACCAGCAGAGGAACCGCCGGUAACCUACUGGUUGACUUUUAUAAGGUCGAGGGGAUAAACGGCAUGUAUCUUGCCAACAAACUGGUGGACAAUCAUAUCAAGAGUUUUAUCACAUACAACAAGGGACAAACAUGGGCCCUGCUGCCGGCUCCUGCCACAGACGUUGCGGGAAAUAACCUUCACUGCAUCCUGCCAUUUUGUUCGCUGCAUCUUCAUCUGGAGAUGUCUGAGAAUCCCUACACUUCUGGACCCAUCACCAGCAAGAAGUCUGUACCAGGCAUCAUUGUGGCUACAGGAAAUAUCGGAACAGAGCUGUCCUCGACCAACCUUGGGAUGUUUAUAACAUCUGAUGCAGGAAAUAGCUGGAGACAGAUUUUUGAUGAAGAGCACAACGUUUGGUUCCUUGACAAUGGAGGGGCUAUGCUGGCAGUCUUACAUGCAGCGACGCCUAUUCGCCACUUAUGGAUCAGUCUCGACGAAGGAAAGAAAUGGGACCGUCACAGCUUCUCCUUGGCACCUCUGUAUGUGGAUGGAGUUUUAAUGGAGCCAGAAUCUGACAAUCACAUUAUAACUUUCUUUGGACACUUCAGCCAUCGGUCAGAGUGGCAGCUGAUCAAGAUUGACUACAAGGGCCUCUUCAGCAGGAGAUGCAUGGAUGGAGAUUAUCAGACAUGGCACCUGCACAACAAGGGGGAGCUGUGUGUGAUGGGUGAGAAACAGAUCUAUAUGAAGCGCAGGCCAGGGAACCGUUGCAUGCUGGCCCAGGACUAUUCAAGGAUCUAUUCCUCAGAGCCAUGCCUCUGCACAGCCUAUGAUUUUGAAUGUGAUUAUGGGUGGGAACGCCAGGCGGACGGGAAGUGCUCCCCUGCUUUUUGGUUUAAUCCAAAUGGUGCGACUAAAAGCUGCAGCACCAGCCAAAGCUUCCUUAACAGCACAGGGUAUCGGAAGGUUUUGUCUAAUAACUGUAAGGAGGGAGGGAGGAACGUGUAUUCACCCAGGAGGCAGGCAUGCCGUCCCAGACCACCCCGAGGUCUGCGGCUGUCCACCAGUCAAGGAGAGCUCAGUGCCCCAGUCGGAAGCAAUGUUACUUUCAUGGUUUACCUCGACGAUGGAGACUCGCUGAGGACCAGCAUCCAGCUAGACUUCGGGGACGGCAUCAAGAUCACAUACUCCAACCUGAGCAGGACUGAUGACGGCAUCAAGCAUAUCUACAGAACAACUGGGAUUUACCGAGUGACAGCUUCUGCUGAAAACAACCUGGGAUCUGACAGCAGCACACUGUUUUUACACAUCACCAGUCCAGUGGAGCGUGUAUAUCUAUCCGCUCCUAUUGUAGCCAUCAGGGGGAAGGAGGCUAAUCUGACUGCGGUGGUUUGGCCGAGUCACACCAGAACAUUGACCUUCUUCUGGUGGUUUGACAACAGCUCCGAGCCCAUUAUAACCUUGGAAGGAAGCAUCUCUUACAUGUUUCAGAGAGAGGGAAAAAACAAGGUCACGGUCCAGGUUGCUUCUGGGAGCACGAUAAUGCAGGAUUCAAAAGUUAUAACUGUUAAAGAGUUCUUCAGGUCGCUGCUGUUGUCGUUCUCGCCAGCUCUUGAUGAGCACAAUCCUGACAUCCCAGAGUGGAGGGAGGACAUAGGGCGUGUGGUGCGGACAGCUCUGUCACAGGUGUCUGGGGUUCCUGAAGAUCAGCUGCUGGUGUCUUUGUACCCUGGACUUCCAAGUACAGCGGAGCUCUUUAUCUUACCGGAUGAGCAUGCUUUAAGUGAGCACAAGAGAAGCAGUGAGGAGGCUUUAGAGACGAUAUCAGAUAUUUUUGUCACUGCCCUGAACCAAGGCCUGAUCCAGUUUGAGCUGAAAUCUGAUAUUCGCAUUAUUGUGUACAUGACUCAGCAAACUUUGGCUCCACUUGUGGAUUCAAACUCCAUCCACAGUGGGUCAGCCAUGCUGAUGCUGCUCACUGUGGUGUUUGUUGGUUUAGCGGCAUUCUUCAUCUACAAGUUCAAAAGGAAAAUCCCUUGGAUCCAUGUUCAGACCGAGGACAGUCAUGAGAAGGAGUCAGAAGUUAUCAGUACAGUCGGUCAGAACGAUAGCAUGUCAAAGGUCAAGCUCGGUGAGUUUCCCUCUCCGAAAGAACUCAUGGAGAAGGAGCUGGAGGCCAGGAGCAGAGGAGGAAUUGGAAGAAAUGUGGAGAGAAUUGUUACAAGGGAAUUUCCAAACUGUACUAAUGUCUAAGACAUGCGCUCUGUUACUCAGUAAGUACAGAUUGUUGUGCUACAAUUGUGCUGAAAUUGUUUGCUUUGUUUGCAUCCUUUUUUUAUUUAUUUCACGCUGAUAGCUGCUAUCGUUCAAAGUCAUGUUUUUAACUCACAUGGAUAGAGUAAGUAUGUACUUUACAAUACUUGAUGGGAAUCAAUCCACCGAGCCAGACUCUAAGGCCUCUAGUUUGAGGGCGGUGAAUUGCUGAAAUUGACUGGUAACUACAGCACCCUGCACAAAAUGUCCAAUUAGCAUCAAGAUUCCCUAACUCUACACCGACACCAUGGCUGUUAUGCUGAUAUGAGUAUUUCAGGAAUAUACAGCUGCCAUUGUGCAAUUCUUUACUCCCUGUGACAUAUCAUUGUUCUUCUUAAUUUGCAUAAUGUCAAGAGAGGAAAAGCAGACUGACUUUUUGAAAUAAAAUACCUCAAAAGCUAUAAAAACUGUUUGAGAAAUACCUUGAUAUAAUGUAAAUGAAAAAAGUACCAUUAACUCAUGGGUCAGUACAACAGAAAGAAUGUAUAGGUUUUACUGUAUACGUGUAUAAGUUUGAUAAAUUUGCUUUAGCUUCUGUAUUGAAUGACAAUUAUUGUGAUGACUUACAAUAAGGAUAUUUAGGACCCUUAAGGAAUAUUAUAAUAAUUUACUAUAGGCCUUAAAUUGAUAAACUAAUUUAAUGUGGUAAAAAUAUUCGAUAAUGUUUUCCUCUUAGCAUAAUGUUUGUUCAUAAAUUGAGCCAGCAGGCUAUAAAAUUUGUCAAGUGUAACCUUUUUAUUUUGUUUUUUAUAAUGUCUUUUCUUUACAUCCUGAAUGGAUAAAACAACCCGAACAAUAAAGAAGCUUCUGUUUCAGUCAGAGCACAUCUUGCUCUGCCUCCAUGUGACUGAAAUAUUUUAAUUAGUAGAUAAUUUUAGGUUUAGUUACUAUCUAAAUAAACCACCUUAACUCUACGCUCUGGAUAAACAUUACCAUUUACCGCCCUUUAACUAGAGGUCUCUGAGUUGUAAAUAUACAGUAAUGAAUAUAUACAUAUAUAAAUAAAAAUGUCUAAAUCUGACUGUUGUGAAUGCCUAUAAGAAAUGAAUAUAUAGUUGGUUUAGCUCUGUAAGAUAAAAUGGUGCUUUCAAUGACUUUUUCUCAGAUAAUGGUACACAACAAAAUGUGAUACAGUGACAUGAAAGUCUGGCCUUAUAAGUGGAAAUACUGAAAACUUGUACAUAGAAUAAGAUGGAAUGUAAAUCUAUACAGUAGCUUCAUCUUAUUGUAAAAGUCAACCCACUGAACAGACAGUAAUAUGUUUCCAUGACCUUCAGUCUCACAACAAGCUGUAUGUCCUCUUUUU